AUGGCUGAACUGCUCGCCCAGUCUCGCGAGGCGUCCGCCCGCAUACGUGUUGAGAACAUCAUCCACACCGACAUCACUGUGGAGCUGAUGGAGAUUCUGGAACUCUACGCCGAACUACUCCUCGCCAGGGCAGGACUGUUGGAUGUCAGGGACAAGAACAUCAAAGAAGGCACGGCGCAGGCCGGCGAUGACACCGGUCUAGAAGAGGCUGCAGCUAGUAUCAUCUACUCCGCACCCCGGCUGCCCCGGGAUGUGAGGGAGUUGGGUAUCGUGCGAAGCAUGCUGAUCGAGCGGUUCGGCAAGGAAUUUGCGAUCCGGGCGAACGAAAACGAAGACAACUGCGUGCCCGCUCGAGUGGUGGACAAGCUAAAAGUCGACCCACCCAGUGCGAAAUUGGUGCAGGCAUAUCUGGAGGAGAUCGCAAGGACUUACGGCGUUGAGUGGCCUCCGCAAAGAGAAGAGAACCAGGUCGAAGAAUUGAGCAAGGAAGUUGAUGGCGAAGAUACUGGAGAUGAUGACGGCGUAGGUGGUGGUAUGAAGGAGCCGCCUUUGCUAGCAGAUGGAGGCCCACCAAACCCAACGACGCCAUCACGGCCGAACAAAAUUGAUAUUGGGUCUCUACAGAAUGCUACACCGCCGUCAAGCUUGGAGCCUGGAGGUGCAAAGAGUCCCGUCUCCAUAGCUCCCCCUGGCGCAACAUCUGACAAUUUAAGCCCAAAGGUCAAGUUGCCUGGCGGAGGAGAGAUUAGGAAGGGAUUCAACAAUGCGAAACCCGUACCAUCCGCCGGGACUGCAAAAUCAAAGAGUCCAGCUACGGGGGGAGGUGCUGGAGCAGUACCCGGAAAUGUCCCAACGGUGGACGAUUUGGCAAAGAGGUUUCAGGCGCUCAAGAGAUGA